GGAAGAUCUUCUUCAUUCUGAGUCGAAUUGAAAGAGUAGAAGAAACAUGAAUCGUCUGAGUUUGUUGUUAGUGUUCGUUGGAGCGGUCGCCGUCUUCGGCACCACUCUCCCAGCGGAAUUCCUUGAAUGGGAAGGUCGUAUCGUCGGUGGCCAGAAUGCCGCCUCCGGACAGUUCCCGUACCAGAUUUCGCUCCGUUCAUCUGCCAACGCUCACUUCUGCGGUGGUUCGAUCGUCAACAACCGUUAUGUUCUGUCAGCUGCUCACUGCACCAUUGGACGCACUUUGGCCAACACUCGUGUAGUCGUCGGAACUCACCUGUUGAACAGCGGUGGCGUUGCUCACAAUUCGGCUCGCAUCAUCAACCACGGAUCGUACAACGCCAACACUCUCGCCAACGAUAUUUCGCUGGUGCAGACCGCGACGGUUAUCGCAUUCAACAACCUUGCUCAACCAAUUGGUCUGGGAGCUACCUUCAUUAACACUGCCGGUGGUGCUCUGGCUUCCGGCUGGGGUCAAUUGGGAGCCAAUGCCGGUAUUCCAAACAAUCUGCAAUGGCUGAGCACCAGCAUCAUCACUCUGGCUGAUUGCCGUAGCCGUCACUCGGUUGCCAACGCUGCCCGUGUCUUCGACAACACCAUCUGUUCGUUGAGCCCAAGCGGUCAGGGUAUGUGCAUGGGAGAUUCCGGCGGUCCAUUGGUGCAUGGAGGCAACCAGCAGGGAGUCGUGUCAUGGGGUAUUCCCUGCGGUCUGGGAGCUCCUGAUGUAUUCGCUCGUGUGUCUUCGCACCGUUCCUGGAUCUUGAGCAACGCCGUUUAAAUUGCGAUGAGCUGAGCUUUUGUUAUUGUUGUGAUAAUAAAUUAUGAUUCGGAAA